UUUAUUUACACCGACUUAUUCAAAACCAAAGAUUAAAUCCUCAGUAUCGCACAAAACCCAGACUAAACUCAGAGAUUGAAGCAUGUCACGGCGAUCAUCAGGGACAAUGUUGAGGGCAUGUCUAAUAAUAUUUGCAGUAGUUUCAGCAUUGGGAGUAUGUGGACCUGCUCUUUAUUGGAGAUUCAAGAAAACUCUCAGAUUUGUUGAUUCCAAAUCCUCUUGUCCUCCUUGCAUCUGUGAUUGUCCUCCUCCUCUUUCCCUUCUCAAGAUUGCCCCCGGGUUGGCCAAUCUCUCGGUCACAGAUUGCGGAAGCAAUGACCCUGAUCUGAAGCAAGAGAUGGAGAAGCGAUUCAUGGAUCUUCUGAGUGAAGAGUUGAAGUUGCAAGAGGCUGUCGCCAAAGAGCAUGCUCGCCAUAUGAACAUCACCUUUGGUGAAGCAAAAAGGAUGGCUUCCCAGUACCAAAGGGAGGCAGAAAAGUGUAUUGCUGCCACGGAAACCUGUGAGGGAGCCAGAGAACGGGCGGAGGCGUUGCUGAUCAAGGAGAGGAAAAUUACGACAAUAUGGGAACAAAGAGCUCGACAAAUGGGUUGGGAAGGUGAAUAACUGUUUAUAUAGAUCAUUUGAAUAUCCUUGAUCCACCUUGAUAUUUAUGGAAGCGAAGUUGCUUGAGCCUCGAGCAGUAUUGUUUUGGGCAAAUUGCCCUUUCAAUCACCCUCACCCCUUCCUCCAUUUGUAGUAUCUUUGAUUGCUUAUAAGCAUCUAAACCAUUUUCUCCUCUGAUUUUGUCAUACUACUGUGUGCAAUUUCU